AUGGCUGUUUCCAACACAGGGAUUACACAACUGCCAACACAGAAACUUCUUUUCUUUCAUCUUUUCAUGAUUUCCGUUUCCUUCUUCCUAAUAUUCCCUUGUGCAACCUCGUUAUCCUUCAACUUCACCGGCUUUGAUCGGAACAAAGGUCAAAUAUACUUCGAGAAAGAUGCUUUUGUUUCUCCGGAUCAAGUCAUCCAACUAACCAGAAACCUUCAGAAUGCUGCAAUGAAUUAUAGUUGGGGUCGGGCCACGUAUAUGAAGCAAUUGCACCUCUGGGAUAAGGUCUCCGGAAAUCUCACUGAUUUCACUACCAGUUUCACCUUUGUCAUUGAUUCGCAGAAGAACAAUCGGUAUGGUGAUGGGCUCGCGUUCUUCCUUGCUCCCAAUCGCGCACAGUUGCCUUCAAAAAUGACAGGAGGUAGCGGCCUUGGUAUUGUAAGUCCCAGCCAGGCGUUGAACACUAGAAAAAACCGUUUUGUUGCAGUGGAAUUCGAUACUUAUCGAAACGAUUGGGACCCAAGGUACCCAAUAAAGGAUCAUGUUGGUAUCAAUAUCAACUCCAUGAAAUCUGUCAAAAAUGCCGCAUGGUUGAAUAAUAUUCCGGAAGGUCAAACAAAUCAUGCUUCCAUCAAGUAUACCUCUGGUACCAAGAAUCUGAGUGUUGUUUUAAGGACUGGUAGGGGUAAUACAAGUUCCAUACAAAGUCUUUAUUACAUAGUUGAUUUACGGAAAUACUUGCCAGAAUUCGCAACUGUUGGCAUCUCAGCUGCAACGGGAAGGUAUUUUGAGAUACACGGCAUUCAUUCGUGGAGUUUUAAUUCAACUCUAGAAACUCUUCCGCAUCCUCCAGAAACAGGAGCUGAAAUUCCCAAUCCCCCGGAAACAGUAGCUGAACCCCCCAAUCUUCCAAAAAUUGGAGAUGAAAGUAAUAAAGGACUAGUGGUGGGAUUGGGUGUUUGUGCAUUUGUUGUGGUGGUUGGGUUGGGUGGGACUGUGUUUUACUUGUGCAGGAAGAAGAACGAAGGGGGAAUUGAAGAUGAUAAUGAUUUUGACCUGGCAAUGGACCACGAAUUUGAGAAGGGCACUGGACCUAGGAAGUUUUCAUUUGAUGAAUUAGCUCUUGCCACAAGUAACUUUUCAGAGGGAGAGAAGCUUGGAGAGGGAGGGUUUGGUAGGGUUUAUAGAGGUUUCUUAAGAGAACGGAGCUCCUAUAUUGCUGUUAAGAGGAUAUCAAGGAGGUCUAAACAAGGGAUGAAGGAGUACGCAUCUGAAGUAAAGAUCAUCAGUAGAUUAAGGCAUCGAAACUUGGUGCAGCUCAUGGGCUGGUGCCAUAAAAAGGGAGAGCUCGUAAUGGUUUACGAAUUCAUGCCUAACAACAGUUUGGAUUCUUGUUUGUUUGAAGCAAAAACCUUGUUGAGAUGGGCCAUGAGGUACAAAAUUGCUGUUGGAUUGGCUUUGGCAGUGCUCUACCUUCAUGAAGAAUGGGAACAAUGUGUGGUACAUAGGGAUAUCAAAUCGAGUAAUGUGAUGUUGGAUUCAGAUUUCAAUGCUAAGCUCGGAGAUUUUGGACUGGCUAGGUUUGUUGAUCAUGGGAAAGGGUCACAAACCACAGUUUUAGCUGGGACCAUGGGGUACAUGGCUCCUGAAUGUUUCAUGACCAGCAAGGCCAGCAAGGAAUCCGAUGUCUACAGUUUUGGGGUUGUUGUGUUAGAAAUUUGCUGUGGCAGAAGAUCGGUGGAACCCAAGGCUAAAGAAAAUCAGAUCAGAUUGGUGGAGUGGGUUUGGGGCCUCUAUGGAGUAGGAAAGCUUCUUGAAGCAGCUGAUCCAAGACUAUCUGCAGAUUUUGAUGAGCAACAAAUGAAACGAUUGAUGACUGUAGGGCUUUGGUGUGCUCAUCCAGAUUGCAAUCUUCGCCCUUCGAUAAGGCAAGCAAUUAAUGUCCUUAACUUCGAAGCAUCGCUCCCCGUUCUCCCUUCAAAGAUGCCGGUGCCAAUGUAUUUUUCUCCUCCAGUAAAUACGCCUGCAUUUUGGCCUACAACUUCCUAUAAUGCUACUAGCACUUCUAGAAUGGGCCAAACCAAGUUUUAG